AUUUUAUUUAAUUAGUUUUGACGAUAACAUUUUUUAUUCAGAGGAGAAAAUGGUAAAUUAUCUUCAAUACAAGACUGGUAUUGUCAUUUGACACAUAUCCCACGCUCUCUUAUCCCUUUCUAUCCAAAUCCCCCACCACAAAUGGCUUCCACAGCACACUCAAACCUCACACUCUUCUCCAACUCCACCACCACCACCGCCGCCGCCCCCGCCACCAACAUCCGCCGCACAACCACCAUACGCUGCGGCCCACGCGACAACCGCGGCCCGCUCCUAAAAGGCCGAAUCCUAAGCAUCGAAGCAAUCCAAGCCAUCCAAUCCCUCAAACGCGCCCACAGAACCGACCCGUCGAAUCUCCCCACCCAUCUCUUCUCCCGCCUCCUGAAAGCCGAUCUCACCGCCGCAUUGAAGGAGCUCCUCCGCCAGGAACAAUGCGCCCUCGCCGCCAGAGUCUUCUCCGUCAUCCGAUCGGAGUACGGCGCCGACCUCAGCAUGUACGGCGAGAUGGUCGUCGCCCUGGCCAGGAAUGGAUUGACGGAGGAGAUCGAUCGGCUGGUUAAUGAGAUGGAGACGGAGGGGCUGAUCCGGUGCGACGAGACCAAGGGGCUGUUGAGGCUGGUCAAAGCGUUGAUUUUUGCGGAGAGGAAAGAAUCGACGGUCAGGAUUUAUGGGAUGAUGAAAAGCAGUGGGUAUGAAAUGGAUGAGUAUUUGGGGAGGGUUUUGAGCAAGGGUUUGAGGAGGUUUGGGGAGGGGGAAUUGGCCGAUGAGAUUGAUCUGGAAUUACGUAGGUUGUAUAGGGGUAUUUUCGUCAAACCAUGAGUUUACUUUGUAGUUGGUGUUCUUAAUUGAAAAAAAAAAAAGAAAAAAUAGAAAUAUUUUUAUUGAGACCAA